AUGAGCAGCAACAAGAUGGAUUUAGUGGAUCAUGAGUACAUGGUAUCCAUGUUUCCCCGCUAUCUGCUAAAACAGCCAAUAGCUCAUGAAUUAUGGAAAUUGUAUUACCAGCACAAGAAACUUUUCCAUAAACUAAAGACAAAAGAUGAACUUUUAAGUGUUGAAGUAGAGUCAUCAAAUUCUGUUGCAUUUCAGAACCUUAGAAGUUCUAACAAGUUAAACACUACUACCCGAAAAGAAAUCUGGGAAAAGUUAUCUCAGUUGGGCGUCUUAGGCACAAUACCAUAUGAUGCAUUAUCUGAUGAAUACCUAAUCCAGGUCCACAAAUACUUUUAUGCUAGAGAAAAUCCUUUUGGAUCAAAUGAGAGUCAAGGGGAUAUUGAUAUGACGAAACCUGCUAUGACAGAAGAAGAGUAUUUGGAGAGCUUAUUGCCACAAUCUGCGGAUGACGAAGACGACGACGAAGAAGAAGAUGAUGAUGCAGACGAUGACAAUGAUGAGGAAGAGGAAGAUGACGAUAUAGCAAAUGACGAAGAUGCAGAAGAGCAAGAGGACUCAGAUAAUACUGACGAAGAAGAAUCUUCAAAUCUUAUCGAUAGCUCCCGUAGGAUCCGAGAAGCAAGUGCCCAACUAGAGCAUGCAAACAGAAUUAGAAGGAGUAUUGGUAAUGAAAGAUUUGGUGAACCUGAAAUUGAGAACGUUGAGAAUGUUGCAUAUUUGCAUCAUAACAAAGCAAAGCACAAAUCAAUUUACUACCCAGAAGUAAGUGAAUCGAAACACACUAUACAAUUAAAACAAAAUCCAAUACCUGGUGAUAUCUAUAAAACUUUGGGGUAUCCUUUACCACAUAGGUGGCAACUUCAACCUGAUAAUAGCAUUUUAUUACCUCAAGAUGGAUGUGCAAUGCUAAGGGUCAACCCAAACUGGCAUGCCUUGUCUUCAUAUGGACGAGCUAGCCCAAUAAUGAACAGCAGACUUAGAGUGAAUAUAAACUCGAAGAAAAAACAACAAUGGGCAACUACUUGGGCAAACAACGGAGUAAAUCACACUAAAUGUGCCAUAUUCUAUUUUGAAAUAAGAGUAUUAUCUGUUACUAGCUCACAGGCAGGAAGAAAUAGUCAUGUAUUAGUUGGAUUCAAAAAUUGGGCUAAAGUCAACGACAAAACGUCUAACUCCGAAAUAGCUCCUUCAGAAAAUUCCGCAGGAUCUACGUCUGGGCAUACAACCAUGCUUAGGAACGUGCUAGAUGGUAAUAGGAACACCUCCUCAUCACCAAACUCAUCAUCGCAACAAUCUCAAAGUGAUGUCGAAACAUUUUCAUAUUCUGGACUGGAUGGGAAUAAAUUUGAUACUUCAGGUAGUCAAAAAUACUCUAGACCUUUCGGUAACGAUGAUAUUAUUGGCUGCGGUGUAAAUUUCAUAGAAGGUACCAUAUUUUUUACUAAAAAUGGUAUAUUUUUGGGUAAUGCUUUUGAAGGCUGUUUUGACAUCGACUUAGUACCAUUUGUAUCUAUUAAAUCUGGAAACUCUUUGAGAACAAAUUUCGGCCUUACAGAAGAAUUUCUAUUUGACAUCGACCAAUAUCAACUGAAGUGGAAGUAUAAAACGUACUCUCAUAUCUUUAAGGCAGUAGAUUAUGAUCCUAGUUUAAAUUUUGAUGACGAAGAAUCAGAUACCGAAGAUUUUGAAAAGCUUAGUGAAGAUGUCGACCAGGACGUUGACAUGGACAUACAGGCAAGAGAGUUAAACUACCCUAGUAGCGGUGGCGAUGCUAUUGAUGAAGAUGAACCCGAUGGAUUCUUAUUAUCUCGCGACAGGAGAUUUAGUGGGGAGAAACUAUGGAAACCGAACACGACAAAAUUAAAUAACAUAAACUCCAACAAUGAUUCAAUUCCUUGUCAACUAAAUUCCAUGAUCAAUGAUUAUUUGAUUCACGAAGGAUAUAUUGAUGUUGCAAAGGGAUUUUUGAAAGAUUUACAGAGGGAUUGUAUUCCAAAUAACUCUGACGAAAGGGCACGUAUUGUUAUCCGGCAUAAUGAGAGGCAGAUUCAGAAAGAAGAGCAGAAUCUUCAAGUACGCCAAACCAUUCGUAGGUUUAUUCAGGACGGGGAAAUAUUAAAAUGUAUGAAAUUCAUAGAUGAGAAAUUUCCAGGAUUGUUGGAUAAACAUUUAGAGCUUACUUUUGAGAUGAAGUGUGCUGACUAUCUACUAUGCCUUGCACACCAAUCACCUGAAAAUGACAUGAUUGACAGUAUUUUGCUCAAGGGACAAGAAAUCUCGUCUCAAUUCUUGCAAAGCUCAAAUAUUCCAAAUGAAAUGAGACAUAUUUUUAGAGAGAGGUUCGAUGAAAUAUCCCCUUUAAUGGCAUAUGACAACCCUUCAAAAGAAUGUACUGAUGAUCGAUCAUUUUACUUAACACCAGCUUACUUACAAGAGCGUUUAUUCCAGACAAUCAAUACGCAUAUUCUUCAGUAUCUAGACAAGAAGAGCCAGAGCUCCCUAGAAAGUAUGAUUGGAUUUACUAGGGCUAUGGUUGCAACCUUGAUGGAAAAUGAUUGCUUCAAUCCAAGGGAUAAGGAACCGGCUUACCAUAAGUUGAUUAAUAUUGACGAAGACUUAUUAAAACUAUAG